UAUGAUUGAAUCAGGUCUCUAUCCUGAUUCUGUUAGUUUCCUCAGUGUUCUAACUGCCUGCAGCCACCAUGGGCUUGUUGAAAAGGCACUAGGCUAUUUUAAUUCCAUGAAUCAAGUAUAUAAUCUUGAUCCAAGGAAAGAACAUUAUGUAACAAUGAUUGAUGUGUUAUGUAGAAGUGGACGAUUCAAUGAAGCAGAGAAUCUGAUUUCCGAAAUGCCAUUUGAACCGGAUGAGAUCAUGUGGUCCUCAGUUUUAAACUCAUGCAGAAUUCAUAAGAAUCAAGACCUUGCCAAAAAGGCUGCCGACCAACUUUUCAAGAUGGAUGCUCUUAGAGAUGCCGCUGCUUAUGUCAACAUGUCUAACAUCUAUGCUGAAGCAGGCAAGUGGGAAAAUGUGGCAAAAGUCAAGAAGGCUAUGAGGGAACGCGGAGUUAAAAAGGUCACUGCCUAUAGCUGGGUUGAAAUAGAUCACAAAGUUCAUGUGUUCACUGCAAAUGAUAGAACCCAUCCACAAACUGAGCAGAUUAGAAGAAAAAUUGAUUCAUUGGUUGAGCUAAUGGACAAGGAAGGUUACAAGCCUGAUACAAGUUGUACCCUUCAAAAUGUGAAUGAGGAAACGAAAAUAGAAUCACUCAAAUAUCACAGUGAGAGGUUGGCCAUUGCCUUUGCAUUGAUUAAUACUCCAGAAGGAUCACCUAUUAUCAUUAUGAAAAACUUGCGAGCUUGCGUAGAUUGUCAUGCUGCAAUUAAAGUUAUCUCAAAAAUUUUUGGAAGGGAGAUCACGGUGCGAGAUUCAAGUAGGUUCCAUCAUUUUAGAGAUGGAUUAUGUUCAUGUGAGGAUUACUGGUGAGAUAUGGAUGGAUGAUUCUCAGAUCAUUUCAUUUGCUUUGUUGUGCUUCCUCUUCUCUAUAAUUGGAAUUCAUAAAAUCCGGAGAUUUUGGCAAUUUAUCCUUGAGGUGAUUAUGAUAAUUGGAAUUUUCUGUAAGGGAUGACUCAGCCCAAUUGCAGUUCUUGGAUCCAAAACUUGUGGCUGUGAACUACUCCAAUUAUUUUCUCUAUAUGUUGCGCGUUUGGAACUUUUCAAAAUGAAGUCACAUGGAGAACCAAGUUCUGCUUUCUCCUGAAGAACACUCCAUCUUUCUGCAAGAGCUCACUGGUUUUCUCCCUUAACUACGAAUUACUAAUGCUUCAUCAAUAAGAACAGUAUUUUCUGUUUGGAGAGGGAGGGGUUCUGGUUUCUCUUCUUGGAAAUGCAAACAUGACUUUGCAGAGUGUACAUCAGUCUCAUCUUCAAGAGAGAGCUGGUUGGAAGAGCCUGAUUCUAAAAAUGAGACUGGAGCUGACAAGUGUUCAUAGUGGUGUAUUUCUAGCGCUUUGUGCUCAUCAAAGACCCAGAAGAGGUGGUCAGUAGACACCUUACGC